AUGGUUGCUAUCGCCUCUGUUGUCGGAACUAAUAAAGACAACUCAUCCCAACUCGUGCUGUACUAUUCACGGUCGGCACCAAUGGGAGGCAAGAAGCCAUUGUGGCCGAUUUGCAGUUGGUCAAGUUCUCAACAGAAUCUGGUGUUUCUUUUUACUCGAGUUCGCAUGAAUCUUCGUCUUUCCUCAGGACCAGAUGAGAUCAAAGAUGUGGUAUCGAAAUGCAUUGUCUCUCCUGUGCCCGGUCUGUAG